GUAUCCAAUAGGAACAACCAAAUCAAUUAAGGUAUCAAUGACCAGAGUGAAGGUAUUUGGAUCUCCAACUUCAUCAGAGGUUGCAAGGGUGCUUGUUUGUCUCUUUGAGAAGAAUGUUGAGUUCCAACUCACCAGGGUUGACAUCUAUAAUGGUUUAGAAAAGAAACCAGAGUAUUUAAAGCUACAGUCCAAUGUAAAAGCUCUCACUUUUGAAGAUGACGUCAUAAAUCUUGUUGAGUCGAGGGAGAUAUGCCGUUAUAUAUGCGAAAAAUACAAAGACCAAGGGAACACGGAUAUUCUUGGUACAGGGGAGAGAGAAAAAAAAUUGGUUGAUCGAUGGUUACAAAUAGAAGCAGAUAAGUUUGAGCCACUUAACUCAGAUUUAGUUUUCGAUUUAAUAUUUCUAGAAUUUGCACCAACAAUUAGUUUAAAGGUAGAUUCAAACAAAGAGGCAAUUGAGGAGUACAAGAAGAAAUUGGGCAAGGUUUUAGAUGUAUAUGAGCAAAGAUUACAAGAGACUCGAUUUUUAGCCGGAGAUAAGUUCACUCUUGCCGAUCUUUCGCACCUUCCCGAUGUGCAUCGACUUAUUAAGUCGACCUGGUGCGCCGAUCUCUUCGCGUCGAGGAAGAUGGUGACUAAUUGGUGGAAGGAGAUAUCUAGCCGGGCAUCAUGGAAGAAGGUGAUGGAAAUGCAAGUGGAAUGAGAUCUAAAUGCAUGAAGAUUGAACUUGAGAAUAAUGUACGUUGCUCAUGCAUGGAGGUUUGAAAUCAGAGUGGUUGGAAAUUGAUUUAUUGGCUUUGGUUUGGAACAAAGAGUUGUGUGAGACUCAAGAGUCUUGAUGUCACUUUUCAUGUCAUUUUGAGGCUUCUUGUUGUUGUUGUCAGAUUGAUUUUUUUUUUUUAACAUGUUUUUUAAUUA